AUGUUUGCGGAUACCCCCCAAUGGUUGCUAGUUUUAGUAGCUGUAUACCUUUCCAUACCGUUAAUGGUUUAUUUUAUUAUUCCUUACUUAUGCUAUGGUACCAAGUCCACCAAGAAAAGGGUUAUUAUAUUUGUGCUCGGUGAUGUAGGCCAUUCUCCGAGGAUUUGUUACCACGCGUUGAGCUUCAGUAAGUUAGGCUGGCAGGUCGAGUUAUGUGGUUACGUAGAUGACACCCUACCUAAGAAUAUUUCUAAUGAUCCGAAUAUUACUGUUCAUCAUAUAUCAAACUUAAACAGAAAGGGAGGUCAAACGUCGGUUUUGUUUAUGGCCAAAAAGGUGAUUCUUCAAAUUCUAAGCAUUUUCAAGUUGCUUUGGGAACUGAGAGGCAGUAACUAUAUUUUGAUACAAAACCCGCCAAGUAUACCUAUUCUUCCAAUUGCUGUAUUUUAUAGGCUGACUGGUUGUAAGCUUAUUAUCGAUUGGCAUAAUUUGGCAUAUUCUAUAUUGCAGCUCAAGUUCAAGGGAAACUUUUAUCAUCCGCUAGUGUUGAUAUCUUAUAUGGUAGAGAUGAUAUUUAGCAAAUUAGCCGAUUAUAAUCUGACUGUUACUGAGGCCAUGAGAAAGUACCUGAUCCAAAGCUUUCAUCUGAAUCCAAAGAGAUGUGCUGUUCUAUAUGAUCGUCCAGGUUCUCAAUUUCAACCUUUCCCAAGUGAUAUCUCUCGCCAAGAGGCUAUAACAACUGAAAGUUUUAUGAAGGAUUACAUUCACAGCGAUUUUGAUAUAGAAAAAGGUGAUAAAAUCAUUGUAACAUCGACUUCGUUUACUCCUGAUGAAGAUAUUGGCAUUUUAUUGGGUGCCUUGAAAAUAUACGAAAAUUCGUACGUGAAAUUUGAUUCAACUUUACCCAGGAUCUUAUGUUUCAUAACAGGUAAAGGGCCGUUAAAAGAGAAAUACAUGAAGCAAGUAAAGGAAUAUGAUUGGAAGCGCUGCCAAAUCGAGUUCGUAUGGUUAUCAGCAGAAGAUUAUCCAAAGUUAUUACAAUUAUGUGAUUACGGGGUGUCUUUACAUACUUCAAGUUCAGGACUGGAUCUGCCAAUGAAAAUCCUGGAUAUGUUUGGUUCAGGUCUUCCGGUUAUUGCAUUAAACUACCCAGUUCUUGAUGAAUUAGUACAACAUAAUGUUAAUGGGUUAAAAUUUGUUGAUAGAAGAGAACUACAUGAAUCUUUGAUCUUUGCCAUGAAGGAUGCUGAUGUAUAUAAAAAUUUAAAGGAGAACAUCAUUCAAGAGACCCAAAACAGAUGGCAAGCCAACUGGGAAAACACAAUGAGACAACUGAAGCUGAUCCACUGA